AUGGACGGCAUACUGGUCACCUUCUUCGCGCUUCUUGCAGUCAUCGCUAGCUCUCGCCCCCUUGCCACCAAUCCAGGCUUUCAGAUCUCAAGACUCUUCAUGUGGGAGAUACAAGGCCACAAUACCACCAUUAUCUUCAACAUCCUCGACCCCGAUCCACUCACGAAUGGCACCGGCGUUUGCAGUGGAUCGUGGAAGACCGGCUCUGGUGGAUACCCACAAGACUCAUACAAACAAUGCGGCAACACCACAUUCGCAUGGAACAUGGCAAGCUACGAUAAUACCGAGUCCUAUACUCUUGGCCUUGAGCACGUCUUUGUCGACCCUUCCAUCGGCCCAUACCCAUACGACCAGAUGAUAUCUUUUGGAAGGGCUACGAGUGCCUUGCUCAGAAGCAUGAAACCUUGUGCCAGCAAGUCGGCAACAGGUCUAUUCGGGCUCCGAUCUAUGCCACGAGUGCAAAGCGCCGUUGAAGGGCGACAAAUGCGACUUGGCUUGGCCAGCUCCACGAACGACCUAGCCAACGACGUCCUGGCAGAGAGAGCAGAUGCAGCUGCCUAUGCGUAA